AUGUCACUUGCGAUCGCUGAUCUACUCGUCACAACAACAGUUAUGAUACCGGGAUUUAUCUAUGAAGUAAAACAAAGAUGGAUAUUUGGUAGAGUAUUUUGUAAUGUAUGGGUAGCAAAUGAUAUUACAUUUUGUACAGCAUCUAUUUUACAUCUAGUUGCUGUUAGUUUUGAUCGAUAUGUUGCUAUUGAAAAUCCACUUAAAUAUAAACAAAAAAUGACUAAACGAAUGAUAUUUAUUAUAAUUGGUUGUAUAUGGUUGAUAAGUGUUCUUCUUUCAUAUGGACCUGUCUUAUUAGGUUUAUAUAGUCACAUAAAAAUUGAUCGACAAUCACCACAAUCUGAUGAAUGUGGUAUGAGACCAAAUCGUCUUUAUUCGAUAAUAUCAUCUUCGACAUCAUUUUAUAUUCCACUUAUAAUUAUACUUUUUCUUUAUGGACGAAUAUUUAUAACAGCACGAAAACAUUCACAUGAAUUACAAAAACUUGAAAGUAUUAUUAAGCGUUUACAUAGUGAUGAAAAAUUUGUUAUAGAAAAUACGAAAUGGAAUAGAAAUAUCAAAGCUAUACGAACAUUAGGUAUUGUUGUUGGUGUAUUUAUUGCUUGUUGGUUACCAUUUUUUAUUAUGUAUCUUGGAUUAGCCUAUUGUGAUUAUAAAUGUCUUAAUCCAAAUAUAGAACGUUAUAUUACAUGGAUUGGUAAAUUUUUAUUUUUUGUUCUAUUAAAUAUUUACCAUGGAAUUUCAGGUUAUGCUAAUUCAUUCUGUAAUCCCAUGAUUUAUGCUUUCUCAAAUAAAGAAUUUCGAAAUGCUUUCUUUGAAAUUCUUCAUUAUAAUAAUUAUCGAUGCUUUUCAUGUUCGCCUGGGAAUAAAAUUCGUACAUCUGUCAGUAAAUCUACUUAUUCUAUGAAUACGAAAUUUACACCACAAAUACAAUCACGACAAGCAAGUGUUAUACAACAUUUCGGUCAAAUGCCGCGUGAUAGUAGGCUUUCCUAUGAUACAAUACGUUCAUCGAAAAUCACUAAAAAACCGAUAUUAAAUGAAACUAUAAAUACACUUGAAAUGCAAACAUUAACAAAUCAACAUUCGACAACUGAAGCUUUUAAAGAACUUGAACAUUUAGUACCAAAUGGUAUUCCGAGUGAAGCAACAAUUUCCGAAAUGAGUUCAUUACUUUAUGAUCAAGAUGAUACACGACCUGAAUUACUACUUACAAAAAAAACAACAGAACCAAUUCAUACAAAUUAUACUUGA